AAGAAAAAUGAAUGAAACAGGAAAGAAGAAGCAUGUUAGGGAACCACCUUCAGUUCCUUUCAUAUGGGAAGUAAAGCCAGGCAUUCCUAAGAAAGAUUGGAAGCCAGAGCCAGAGCCAGAGGUCCCUAAAACUCCACUCAAACUAAUUGCCUCAGUCCCCUUUGUUUGGGAAGAAAAGCCAGGAAAACCUCUUCCCAAUUUCUCAGUGGACCACCCUGUGCCUCCAAAGCCAUUACUUAUUCAUGUUGCAUCAUCUUCAGCAUUUUCUUUUGCAUGCAACUUUGGCCAUGAUCAUGACAAAGACAAAGGAAGCUUAAGCAGCAGUGACAAUGAAAGCAUAACUACCUUAGACCUUGAAGCAUUUAGCUUUGAUGAAGAUGAGUCUUUUGUUAGUUCAGUUCCCUCAUUGCUUGCAAAUUGUCUUGUGCCAUCAGCUAAAGUUUCCACUGCCAUUCCACUGAGGGAAACCACCCCAUCCUCACCAGCCUCCUCCUCAGAGACAGACAGUGGCACAAGCAGCUAUGCAACUGGCAUGUCAAGUCCAAUUGGUGCUACGUUCCUUGAGUGUUUAUUUCCCUUGUUUCCACCUAAGUCUGGCUUCCUUGAAAGGGAUGAGAAUUUGGAAAAAGUAACUUCAAGCCCGCAAGAACUAAGAGAGAAAGAGCUUGUUCAUGAAAAUUGUGCCAGUGACUUGGUAAGGAAGCCACCAACACUUGGAGAGCUGAUUAUGAUAAGCCGAAGAAGAAGCUGCAGAAGGAAAGCAAUUCAAAUGAAAAAGUGGGAUCCACCAAAGAAAAUCACUAGAAAGCAAGCGUUUGGAUGCUUCUCCGUUGUAACUGACAGCAAUAUGAUUGAAGGGCUGCUAAAGAGGAAGUACUUUCCCAAACUGAAACUGGUAUAGGCAUGACAGGAUCAAUGAUGCAAAAGGAAAUAUCAAGAAGAGAAGUACCAAAACUGCUCUAGAACAAAAAACCUAUCUGGCUAUUGAUUAUAAAUCAAUCUCUCUUAAUUUACUUUGUCAGGUCUCUUGCAACUUAUGGGUUUCAUGUGUUAAGAAUGUCGAAAGUGGAUUCUGAAAGAGUUUAGUUUUGCAUUGUAAUAUAUCCUCAUCAGUCAAUUCCAAAAGUUAGCUCAUACUCCUCAUAACAGUACUUGUACUUACAACUAUGGAUUUGUACAUUGGUCUUGAACAAGAAAGUAUCUUUUUUUGUGUUA